AUGAUGCCCAGCGAUAAUAUUGCCAGAGCGACGACGGAAGAGAGCCAGUACGGCAAAGAAGUGCUGCCUUUUCCGUUGGGUGGUCGCACAAAUGGCAUAACAAUGAGGAACUGUGAAAAUGCCAAUAAGAAUCCAGGGCGCGGGAAGUGGCGAGUGGAAGUUUGCACGGUCAGUAAGUCGCAGCUUCACCAAGCCGACUGUGAUAGCAAACAGAAGAACCGUGGUGGGGUAACUGGACAAGCUGACGACGAAAUUGAAUGCGUCUCCUGCUGGAGGGGCACAGAUGAACAAGAUUGUGACACCAAGAUGCAGCAACAGAGCGUAGAUGGGGGUUCGGAAGGGCCUGUUCUCCAUGAAGAGGUUGGAGAAAGGCAACACUCCAUCCUUGGCUAG